AUGGUGUUGAGUUGGGGUGUGAUGGUGGUGUUGAUGCUUGUUGUCGUGGAUUCAGAUCUAGUUGGCGGUGGUGGUGAUAGUGUGUGGUUGGAUGCGAUGGUGGUGGUGGUGGUGGGUGUGUGUACUGUGGGUGCUGUGGUUGGCGACAUUGGUCUCUCACGUCUUAAACACGAAACAUAUUUGACAACAAAGACAGGGAAAGAAGCUAUUGAGUGGGAGCAUAAAAGUAAAAUCCCUGGAAAGAUGCAUGCUUGUGGUCAUGAUGCGCAUGUUGCCAUGCUUAUGGGUGCAGCAAAGAUACUUCAAGAGGAUCACAGUGAUUUAGAGGCUAUUUUUGACGUACAAUAUGAUAAAUAUGCAACUCUCAAAGAGUUCAUGGAGAAAUCCACUUCCUUUAAGGAGUUUCAAUAUGAGCUUCACACACGUUACAAGAAAUUUCUAGACCAACCAACUAGACGACUGGACAAAAUUCAACUAUGGAAGAACGCACAUUACAAGGAUACAAAAGGCUGGAUCCAUCCCGUGGCUGAGGAGAAAUAUGUAAUAAACAAAUAUUACAAGUCUUUGAGUUUAUUAUUUUGGAUUAAGCUAGUCUUCUCAUAUUUUGGAAUUUGA